AGCCGGCUGGCGAGGCAGUCGAGGCUUGCACGCGGCCCUUUAGCGCGAGAUGAGCCGCAGCUGAGUGACAAACAAACGCGCGCACCUUCAGCAAAUCAUGCCGACUCUGAGACUGCUGCUGGCACUGGCCACCCUGGCGGUGGCCGCCACCACGGCCGCCCCGGCCGCCGCCCCCGCCGAGGAGGCGGCCGCGCUCACGCUGGUGCAGCCGACGCGCCAGCCGCUGCCGGACACCUCCAACAUCACCGGCGAGCUCAUCGAAAGGCUCGGCGUCAGCAAGUUCUUCUCGCUCUGGCUCGUGUUCAACGACCCCACCGAAACAGACAUUAAAACUGGCGUCGACUACGUGAUCUUGGCACCUAAGGAACCGGCGCCACUGCAAAAAGAAGCUGACCCGCAAGACAGGCCGGCUAUUGUCAAGAAGCUGCUGCUCGACCACGUGAUUCUGGGCCAAAAGUUGAACCUAGCCGGCCGCGAGGACAAAAAACCAUUCACUCUCUCAACGCUCGGCGGAAGGGACGUCGAGUUCUCUUUCAAACAAGACCAAUGGUUCGCAAACGAAGCACUGAUCGUGGGCUCGCCGGCCGAGAUUCCUGCUCACGGCGAGUUGGUGGUGCUCAACAAGUACGCCUUCGCCGACUACGACCCUUCCGCAGCGCCAAAGGAAGGGUCGGAGGCGGCUUCGUCGCCGGCCCCUGCCGUCCUCAGCAGCAGCAGCCAGCCGGCUGCUGAGCCCACGACGGCGGCUCCCGAGGAACCCUUCCUCGGUGACCUGGCGGACGAGCUCUCUAAAAUCACAGAGGUCUUCAACCUCACCAGAGUGCCAAUCUUCAACAAGUUCCUACCUGACGCUAAAGUCUCAGAACUUCUUAAGCCUGGUGAACAAUACACAGUGCUGUUCCCAAUGGACAGAGCUUUCCAGAAGUGGCACCCCAUUGAUUGGGGAUUCUACCCCUUCUCAGUACCUGAAUUCACGUCAGAGAUUGUCAGAAGCCACUUUGUUCACGGAACGCUCAGACUGGACCAAAUCACUGAUGGCUUUCAGACAAAAACCUUGACAAACAGGACACUAACCUUUAAAAAACUUCCAAGCGGUGACGUGAUUGUGAAUGGAGUCCCCGUAAUGCGCCGAGAGGUUGCCUUGCAGAAGGGCACCGUGCUGGUCAUCCCGGACGUGCUGUUCGUGAACCACCAAGUGGUGCAGGAGCUGAGAGCCAAAAACAUGGACAAAGAGACGCCGCCGCUGAUCGCGUUCCCUUGGUGGAACGCCCAGUUCCUCUCGCACGCCUUUUUGAGCCUCGACAAGAACGGCACCUUCCCCUCCAUCGAAAGGCUGCUCAACAUGGUGCCCAACCUGCACCUGAGAGUGCCGGGAAAAGACUACACCUUUUUGGUGCCCACGGAAGACGCGUUCCAGAAGGCAGGACUGUCCAUUCCAACUUGGUGGAGCAGCGAAAAACACCAGUCCGACGUUUUGAGCCCCAAGAAGAUGGAGACCAUCGAGGAUUUCCUCCUGAGACACCUGAUUCAUAGACGAUUCUACAUGAGGGAGCUCGUACCUGAAUUGCAAAUGCAGUCUCUCGACUCCACCACGUACAUCGUCGAGCACAAAGAUUCGAAAAUCUUCCUGAAGACGGGUGGCGUGGAGUCGCAGAUUGUACAGGGCGACAACUUCGUGUACAACCUGGGCACGAUUUUGUUCGUGGACACGGUGCUGAGCGACAACGUGGAGGCACUCCGGGCCCUGACCCUGGAGCCGGCGCCGAUGGAGACGACGGAGCCGGCCAAGGAGGUCGAGGACAUGACCGAGCUGCUGAGCCCGGUGUACAUCGAGGAGGUGAGCAGCGAGUCGCUGACCGGCGCCAAGGACGUGCUCGUCGACGAGGCCAGCGCUGAGCAAACGACGACAACGCAGGCUGCCCCGGUGACCGACGAGGCCAGCACCGAGAGCAACGCCAUUCCCCAGCUGCCUUCUGAACCGUGAAAACAAACUAUUUCGCCCCCUUGCUGCCCCAUCUCCAUUUUCACUCCAAGGAUCAAAUUUUGUAAUUUAUUUUUGUGUACCUAAUUAAUUGAGUGUUUUCAUUGAUAUCUAGUACACACGUUUAGCAUUGUUUCUCAUUAGAGGUACAUCAUCUAGAAUUGUAAUGUUGUUGGAUGACUAUUUUUACUAAAAAUAAAAGCCAAAUACUCUACA